AUGUCGACCUGGGUGUGCAAGGUACUGGCCAUCGGCUGCGUCAUUUCGCCAGCAGCUGGUUUGUGGCCCUUGAAUGAACAGUACGGAGCAUCAGACAUAACCGGAAACGGAAACGACGGGACAGCCACAGGAACCCAGCUAGCCCCAGGUCCGUACGGAGACGCUGACGGAGCUUUCCUGUUCUCGGGAACUGCACAUUCCUACAUCGACAUCCCCAACAAUGGUAUGUUGGAUGUGCGCUACUCCUUCACCAUACUGGCGCACGUCUACCCUACCGGAGAGGCUGGACCGAUCUUUGACUACUCCGGGACCGACUCCGCCGUCUGGAACUGGGCAGUACACCUCUGGCACUUGUCUCCACAGAACCUGCAGUUUCGGCCUUUAGACAGAAAUGGCCAUCUUUCACAAGACGUCACUGCCUGUGUGCUGCAACAGAACGCGUGGAACUACGUGGGUGGGACCUACAACAGUGCAACAGGAAUGGCAUCGCUCUGGCACAACGGCGAACUGGUCCGUGAGAAAUACAUCGGAGUUUCCGAAGUUGCCAGUCAGUACCCUGUCCGGGUGGCGGUGAGGUGGGACGGAAAUGAUCGGUACUUCUCGGGCCGUAUCGCCUGUCUACAGCUGUACAACUACGCCAUGACUAAAGAACAGAUUGUAGCAGUGCGUGAUGUGUGUAAAGAUGCGACUCCUGGCGGUUGACAUCCGUACGACAACGAGUUCGUCUAUCUGCUGCUGUCGUGGGGCAACCACAACUCUGGAUCAUGUCGAUGUCACAUUGGCAAAAAGAGACAGGCAAAUCCAAUAGAUUUUAAAGUGUAAUAUUGUAAUUUUGUUUUGCAAUUUUUCUGCAUAUCAUGUGAUACAGUCCGUAUAGACUGACUGACUAUGAAAGGUCUUGUAAUUAUUGAUACCCCUGUCACAUUUGGCGAAAAUCGAUCGGACGACGAUUCUGCGGCAUUCGCCCGA